GAAGUUCUUUAAAAGACCGCACGUGGGCAGCAGAAGCAUUUGCUGCCGAUGCGCAGCAACAGAAAAAAUACGAAGAAGACGAGGGGUAGUCAGGUAUAUUUAUGUCGAACCGGAAGUCAAAACUUUUGUUGUACUCUCAAGAGUUCUUAGGACUGGGGCACUUUGUGAUGACGAAGUCAGACCGGUGAAGUGUGAAACUUAGAACAGUGAGUGACUUUUGUUCGCUGUGUCUCUUUGUAUUUAACGGUUUAUUUUAUCUUUAAACGUUUCUUCUUUAAGCUGAUUCAGGAUCCGUCUUGAGCAACUGACAUGUUGACGUGAGGUGAUUUACAUGUGCUAUCAUUGUGUCAAUUUUGACCUUUUCACUCCCCAACGUAUGUUUUUUUGUAUUAUGUAAUAAUUUUUUGUAAUUUGUAAUAUGUUUGUGUUACUGAUGUGAAAUGAGAAUUGUAAAAAUUGAAAAGAAUAGUGUUUAUUUUGGCGUGGAGCAGGAUGUCCUCCUCCUCCUCCUGUUUGUUUUGUGUGGCGGCCAUGUUACACUGCAAGUGCAGAAGUAGAUUAGAAAGUUAACAAGGUAUGUGUGUUUUUACCAGAGAUUGUAUUGUAUUUGUGCUUUGGACCUUUGACACCCUUCUGCAGGUCAUGGAUUCAGAAAGCAGACAAUUGUUGGCGUGUAACUAUGGCGACACAACAGCACAUACCUGGCAGCGGGAUGUACCGCUGGCCUGCUCUGCCCUGGACGACAGUGAAACAGAACAUGUCCUCCAGCCUGUCAACCCAAACCACGUGUUUGGUGACGGCUCGCCCUCAGAGAGCGACAGCGGCAUUUGUGAGGAUCCUGUGGUCCAGAGUCCCAUUACCAUGGUGAUGCUGAACCCACCCUCCGUCUACCAGGUGGUGUACGACCUGAACGGACCGGGAAGCAUGAAGCCAGGACAAGCGAGCGCAGACAUCAUCUCCAUAGAGCUGGACCAGUGGAGCUCUCAGGCCCUCCUGUCUGACGCAUGCGUCAUUGGUGAGAUGCCGCCGGUCUCUGGCGACAAUGCUCCAACUCCUGUGGACUUGUCGAGUUGGGAGCUGCAGCUGACCGAAGAGGAGCAAAAGUUGCUGAGCGAGGAGGGCGUAUCCCUUCCCAAUCAGCUUCCGCUCACUAAGGCCGAGGAGCGAAUCCUGAAAAAAGUUCGCAGGAAAAUUCGCAAUAAGCAGUCAGCGCAGGACAGCCGCCGCCGCAGGAAGGAGUACAUCGAUGGCCUGGAGAACAGAGCAGCAGUGUGCACAGCUCAGAACAAGGAACUGCAGAAGAAGGCGGAACAGUUGGAGAAACACAACAUAUCUCUGCUGAGUCAGCUGCGCCAUCUUCAGUCUCUGAUUAAACAAACCGCUAGCAAGGCAGCGCAGACCAGCACCUGCCUACUGAUAAUCUUUGUGUCGCUAAGUUUGAUACUCCUGCCAAGUUUGAGUCCAAUCAGUCGCCGCUCGUCUUUAGAUGAUGACUAUCGGCCUUCUGGAGUCCUUUCAAGAAACAUCCUCACUGACUUUGCCUCCUCGCCGCACAAGCCCAGCGAGUCGGUCCAUCCAGAUUCAUCUGCUCUGUUUAACCCAGGCCAACCAGAAGCGGAGGUCAAAGAACCUGGACAGAAUCUUGAAGAUGUGGGCUUGCAGCAUGUCCAAUCUGGAAACGGUUCCAUCGAGACUCCAAGUCAGCAUAAUGCCAAGUUGCCGCACACGGAUGAGAUGUAGUAACUUGGCCCAUGCCAACCGGAGUUACUGAUGGAACAUGGGGCUCCUCCAUCAAUGAACUGACCUAGAGUCCACCUACAAGAUGGCAGUGAGCCACUGUCUUUUGCAGUUUUUCUAACUUUGUGUUCCUUCAAAGCGUUAGACCCCGCCCAUUGACCUCUCACAUCAGUCUCUUUAAAUGCGAACGUUUAUUUACAAGUUUACAACACUACAUGAAGCUUGACGCUUGACACAGUCAGACAGUAUGACAACAUAACAUUUUAACAGAUGACAUGGAAACAACAUAAAAACAACAACAUGGAGGUAACUGUAAUAGUUUAUUUAUAACAUGCAUAACCAUUCACAUAGCAGAACAUCACAUGUACACUUACACAAUUCAACAUUUCUUAAAGGGGUAGGAAGAGGCGGAACAUUUAAUCCUACCAUUUCUCUUUCAGCAAUUACUGACAGUUUGUGUUUUAACAUGUGCCAGUUUACCAAUUUUUAAAUAGUGAAUGAAAAGGAUGAAUAUGGUGGUACAGUUGUUUGAGCUUGUAGAUAGCUUUUACAGAUGGAAGUGGGUGCAAGCUGCUGUCAGAUGGUCAAUGAUGCUGUUCUAAAAGUCUGGUGCAGCCACGCAACCCGGCCGGAUGCUGGCCAUGAUGGGAACCAGUUAGUCUUGCUGUUGUUGACCCUGGCACAGCUUGAGCUGUGCAUCACACAGUCUCAUGAAGAGAACGAGGGCUCAGAGGAUUUAGCUUUGACAACGUGACCUUGAGGUUGAUGAAGGCAAUGAACAGGUGGCGGACCCUGCGGGUCUCCCUGAACUUAUUGGUAAGGAACCUGAGAGCUGAGAUGUGGUUGCUGGUUGAUACGCAUAAAUCCUGCCUGCCGGGGGAAAUGACCUGAUUGCAAGACUGAUAGGGUGGGUUGUUCAGACACAGUCUCAGGUGGGCACAAUUCGGCGACAAGUUGGUAGAAGUGCAAAGCGAGAGGUCAGAGAAAGUGGAGAUGUUGCAUGAGUUGAGACCGAUGACGGUACUGGAGGGAGAAGAAAGAUGUGAUGGAGUGUGCAUUCAAGGAGGGACUGGCACUGAUCAUAGAAGAAGGUGACAGAGCAUCUGCAAUGUUGAAUAUGGCGUAAGUGAUGGUGUGCUGGCAGUAGUUGAAAGUAGUUGAUCAGGGAAUGUUGGACUGAAUGAGGGAGGGCCACCAUGAUCCCACCAUGGCCUCCAGAGAAAGACCUCGUCACCAGGAGUGCACUUACCACUGCAGAACAACAAACCUCAGAGAGAACGGAGAAGUCUCCUGUGGUAGGAGAGCUCCUACGAGAGGAGGGUGGAAGCUCCGUGAUGAGGAUAUUCUUGAUCCUCCUCCGCCCAAAGUCAUUGCCAUCAAGAGUCGCAGCUACUCCGGCCCGUGGAAGACCAAUCAUUUGCCGCUGAGCACAAUGGAGUUGAGGAAACAUCUUUGUUACCAGCACAGGUACCCUGGAUGGACUACCCGCAUAUAGUUUGGCCGGUGGGUUGCCAGUAUUGUACCCUAUGCCUACACAAAGAAUGUGAAAGCUGAGCACUGUGUAUGGACCAGAGUAACUGAGCAACCCAAGCGAGGUCUGGUUCGACUGCCUCACUAAAAGUACUAUGUAGUACACUUGCAGGGGUACCAUUACACAAGACACCCCAUACACCCUGGGGUGUCAAUAAAUAACACAGAAAAAUAGAAUGACUAAAAUUAGAGACAGGACUUUGUGCAUGAAUAAAUAUAGUACAUGUAGUAUUAUAAAUACAUAAUGAGAACAUGAAAAUAAAUGCUAAUACUGAAGUACUGACAACUGGCAUAAUACUGUGUAGUGAAUGACUAGUUAUUAGGGGUGUGGGAGACACACGGGCACAGGUGGGUGUGCGGCCCUACUCCCACCCACUGACACAAAGACUGACAAAAGGGCUCACUCCGUUCAUGCCACUGUUCUAUGGGACAAACUGGACAAGGUGCUGAAACCAAUGCAUAGAGGGCUGGGAAAAAAGACAUAUACAUGCAUUAUCAAGUUUAUUUUUUUCAUUUAUUGUUUGAUUAAUUUGUUCAUUCCCAGGUCUAGUGCCCAAAAUAAAUUUAAGACAUAAAAAAGACAUAAAAAUGUAAAAAUAAGACAUAAUUUAUCUUUUUUUAUCAGGGUAUAUUUUGUACAGUCCAGAUAAAGCUGACAAUAACAAUAAACAAUAAUAAAUGAGACAUUGUAUAAUAAAUGGAUAAACAUGUUCCUGGUCAAACUGGCAUAACAAUGUAUAACAGGUGAUAGUUGUUAACAAUAUGAAAAUAAGCAAAACAAAAAUUCAGAAGAAUAGUUUGUAUCUUUUUAAUAAAUAACAUAAGGAAUAAUGACACGUGG